AGAACAUUUUCAGGUGGCAAAACAAAAUCUAUGGCUCUGGUGGUGUCAGGUGGCAAAGCAGCCACGAUGCCGCUUCAUGCCAGUGCUCUUCCUCUAAGUAUCAACACCAAAUCAAGAGUCCUAAGCGCAUUUGCAUUUCCGCUGUUCUCGUCCGCUCCUCACCUCCCUUCCAGAUCCCUCUCCAUCCGCCUCUCGCCGAAUGUUUCCCGGUCUCUCACUGUGGUAUCUUCUGUUUUGUCAGAGGACAGAGCUACCGGGGUUAGUGGCUCUGGGACAGAUGCUUUCAAGCUGACUUACUUGGAGGGCAAUAGCUGGCUAUGGGAAACAGGUGGAUUGAAAAUCCUAGUUGAUCCGAUUCUUGUGGGUAAUUUGGACUUUGGAAUCCCAUGGCUUUAUGAUGCUGCCAAGAGAUAUUUGAAGGGCUUCAAGCUUGAUGAUCUCCCUGAAGUUGAUUGCCUGCUCAUAACUCAAAGCCUUGAUGAUCAUUGUCAUUUGAAUACCCUUAGGCCACUUUCUGAGAAAUCUCCAGGCAUAAAGGUUAUUGCAACUCCAAAUGCUAAGCCUUUGCUCGAUCCGCUUUUUAGAAACGUCACCUAUCUGGAACCUGGAGAUAGCUAUGAGCUAAAUGGAAGAAACGGUUCUAAGGUUCGAGUUAAAGCCACAGCAGGACCUGUCCUCGGUCCACCAUGGCAACGCCCUGAAAACGGGUAUCUCCUUGUAUCCCGUGAAGAUCAGAUAUCUCUCUACUAUGAACCGCAUUGUGUAUGCAACAUGGAACUUCUGAAGAAUGAAAGAGCCGACAUUGUAAUCACACCGGUAAUCAAACAACUUCUCCCACGAUUUACUCUUGUUUCUGGUCAAGAAGACGCUGUCCAGCUCGCCAAACUCUUGAAAGCCAAGUUUGUUGUGCCGAUGCAAAAUGGCGAGCUUGAAGCAAAAGGACUUUUAGCCAGCAUAAUAAAGAAAGAAGGAACUAUUGAAUCAUUUAAGGAAUUAUUGUUAAAAGUGCUCCCAGAAGCUCAAGUGUUGGAGCCUAUAGCAGGUAUACCGCUAGAGAUCUUGGUUCCAUCUUCAGACAUUUAAAAUGUAACGGUACAUAAGGAUACACAUAUGUAAAUAUACACAUGUGAAAAUGAAGCUUUUUAGAGGAGAUUUUGUAUAUGUUGAUCUAAUUAAAGAUUAUUUUAUUU